UUCUUCAUUUUUCACCCUAAAAAGAAGAGCAAAAGCACACACAUAUCCCCAUAACAAGGAAAAAUUUAACAAAAGUUGGAACCCUACUUCACAAAAAAAAACAUAAAAGAAACAACAACUAUAGCUUUAGAUAUUCAAAAGUUAUUUCCUAGAGACAAACAAAGAAGCCAAAUUUAAGUUUAAAAAAACAAAAUGAAUGGCCUGCUUAUUCUCUGUUUGAUCAUCUUCCUAACAUCCAAUGCUAAAGCUAGUGUCAUUGAUGAAGAGGAGUGGAAGACUGCUACUGCAACUUACACCAAACAACAAGAUGACUCCAUUACUAUAGAAGGAGCUUGUGGGUAUGAAGAUGUUCACAAUGCUAGCUUUGACAAAUAUGGUGCUGGAAUAAGUAGGAUGUUGUUCAAUAGAGGGAGUAGCUGUGGAGCUUGUUUUGAGGUCAGAUGUGUAGACCAUAUACUAUGGUGCUUACAGGGUAGCCCUUCUGUUGUCCUCACCGCCACUGAUUUCUGUCCUCCGAAUUAUGGUCUUUCAGCGGACUAUGGUGGCUGGUGCAAUUUCCCUAACCAACAUUUUGAAAUGUCGGAGGGUGCGUUUGCGGAAAUCGCACACAGAAAAGCUGAUAUUGUUCCAGUUCAAUACCGGAGGGUAAAGUGUGAGAGGAAGGGGGGAUUGAGGUUCACAAUGAGCGGAAAUGAUCAUUUCUAUCAAGUACUGAUUAGCAAUGUAGGAGGAGAUGGCGAAGUUGUUGGCGUGAAGGUGAAGGGAUCAAGAACCGGGUGGAUACCUAUGGCAAGAAAUUGGGGACAGAACUGGCAAUCCAAUGUCAACCUCAUCGGACAGCCUCUUUCUCUCGAGGUUACUACUAGCAGCGGCAAAACGCUCACAUCUUACAAUGUUGCACCACCGAACUGGAAAUUUCGUCAAACGUUUGAGGGCAAACAAUUCUAGCACUGUUUGAAGCCAUUUAGUUAGCAUUUUUGUGAGCAAGGGUGAGAAAUAUAGUAGAGAAAAACCAAUAUAGGUCUUAGUUUUGUUUCUGUAAACAUAAUUAUGAAAAGUGUAAUUAUUUUCAAUCA